UGUUUACUCUUCCCCGUCAUCUGGCCAGUGAGGCAGCUCGCAGUGCUUCUGCUACAGAGGACAGAGGGUGAGCCAUCGCAGGGACUCGUGGACACCCCCCCCCCCCCCCCCCGCAUCUUGUGGAUUUUACCUCAGCGUGAGUGACACCUGCAGGAGAGGGAAACCUGAGUGGAGAGGCCCCGGAGUCUGCUCCCCGGUGCUGCCCCCCCACCCCAGUCCCCAUCCUCUGGCCCUCCUGGAUGACCUCUUCUCCUCUAGUCGGUCCUCCCCAGCACCAUGAACAAGAUGAAGAACUUUAAGAGGCGUUUCUCCCUUUCUGUUCCUCGAACCGAGACCAUUGAGGAGAACGAGUUCACAGAGCAGAUAAACCAGCUCAACAUAUGCCACACCCAAGGCCUGACUCCGGACAGGCUGGGUCCUCCAUCUUAUGAUGCCAGUCCUUUGAGUCCAGAACCAACAACACCGGGGGCCGAGUCUCCGUCACAUCACCACUUCCACGACAAGGCCCAGCUCAGACGUUUCUCCAUGGAGGACGUCAGUAAACGCAUGUCUCUGCCCAUGGACAUCCGCCUGCCUCCAGAGUUUCUCAAGAAGCUGCAGCUGGAGAGUGAGGACCCACCGCUCUGCAAACCUCCCAGCCGCAUGUCUCGACGUGCUUCCCUGUCCGACAUAGGCUUUGGGAAACUGGAGACAUACGUGAAGCUCGGCAAACUGGGUGAGGGGACGUAUGCCACAGUGUUCAAAGGGCGAAGCAAGCUAACAGAGAACGUGGUGGCAUUAAAGGAGAUCCGGCUGGAGCACGAGGAGGGAGCACCUUGCACUGCUAUCAGAGAGGUGUCCCUACUGAAGAACCUGAAACACGCCAACAUUGUCACGCUGCACGACAUCAUCCACACCGACCGCUGCCUCACUCUGGUGUUCGAGUAUCUUGACAGCGACCUGAAGCAGUACUUGGACAACUGCGGGAACCUCAUGAGCAUGCAUAAUGUCAAGAUCUUUAUGUACCAGCUGCAGCGUGGUCUGUCCUACUGUCACAAGAGGAAAAUCCUCCACAGAGACCUAAAGCCUCAGAACCUGCUCAUCAACGACAAGGGCGAGCUCAAACUGGCCGACUUUGGUUUGGCGAGGGCCAAGUCCGUCCCCACCAAGACCUACUCCAAUGAGGUAGUGACUCUAUGGUAUCGACCCCCUGACGUGUUGCUGGGCUCUACAGAAUACUCCACACCCAUUGACAUGUGGGGCGUGGGCUGUAUCAUGUUCGAGAUGGCAACGGGUCGUCCCAUGUUUCCUGGUGCAACAGUGAAGGAAGAGCUCCACUUAGUUUUUAGGCUCAUGGGCACUCCAACAGAAGAGACCUGGCCUGGGAUCAGUAGUAAUGAGGAGUUUAGGUCUUAUCUCUUUCCUCAAUACAGACCUCAAGCUCUCAUCAACCAUGUGCCCAGGUUGGACACAGAGGGGAUCGACCUGCUGUCUGCUCUGCUCAUGUAUGACACCAGAAGGAGAAUCUCCUCUGAAGACUCUCUACGACACUCCUACUUCCUGAGUCUGGGAAAUAACAUACUUAAUUUGGCAGACACCGCUUCAGUGUUUUCCCUCAGAGAGCUCCAGCUCCAGAAGGACCCAGGCCACCGCAGCUCAGUGUUUCAGCCUCUAGGUCGAGGAAAGAACCGAAGGCAAAGCAUCUUCUAGAAGUCACAGGGGAGGAUCAGAGCCGCGCAGUGACGGGAAGCUGCCUUUUUCACACCACAGCACAAAGGCCAACACAGCUCAGCACAUUCGCGAGCAUGCUCACCUGCAUGUACACACAAAGUUAUGUGCACUCACUCAUUUCCAAGGCAGCUGACCAUGGAGACACACAUGGUUUCCGGAAAUAUACUUGUACUGCAUUUGACUGAGCUGAGAUACACUCUCCCUCCACACACAUAGCCUACAGUACAUAUUUGCACAUAUUUGCACAAUCAGCGACACUGAACAUGCUGCCAUUACUUAGUUGCACACACCAGAAAUUUAUUUACCCUGCUGACCCACACACAUGCAUUUCAGCCCCAGAUGUCAAUGAUUAGGGCCCUAAAUAAAGCCGCUCUGCAUACACAUAUACCCAGGCUUGUGUAAUUCCCAUCCAGAGCACACCCAGGGCUCUAGCCAUUUAACGUAGCUACCACAUCUGGAACCAUCAUCCAGUCUCAGUUGUACAGACAGGAGGGUUGUGGUGCAAGUGGAGGUCAGUUCAGUUAAAAGUGAAGACUAAGGGGGUCAGGUUGUUUCCAAAAUUUGCUAAAUGUUUGUUGUACUAAAGUUUAGGCUUGUUUCUACACAACCCAAUUGCCAGAGAAAUAUGUUGGCACUGUACGUUUCUACAAACCAGGGGAUACGUUACGAGACCAAAAAUACAUUUCAUAAAUUUGUUUCAUAUCAGCCUCAUAUCACGCUUGCAGAAACGCAUAAUGCCACGUUGUUCACGUUGUGAAAUGAUUGGUUAGGUUCAGGCAACAAAACUACUUGGUUAAGGAUAGAAAAAGAUCAUGGGUUAAAAUAAUAAUGUAACGUAACAACGAAACGUAACAACGUAAGCUAGCAACGUAACGACGUAAUGACGUAACGUAACAACUAAUGUAACAACCUUAACAACAUAACUACCGUAAAGAUAUAAUGACCGCUCUUAGCAGACUUUGUUACGUAACUUUGCUUGUUGUUCUAGCUUGAUAUACUGAUUGGUAUUCUUCAUUUGCGCUGCAUGUUGUUCACUGUACUUUGUUACUUGCUCUGCCCAAAUGCAAAAACAUCCACAUUCAACAUAUCUGUGGUUUGCAGAUACAUUCACACCAAAACAUUUUCCUGGCGAUUGGGCUGCUACACCAAAAUAUAGCUUACACUCUCUGAUUUGGUUUUAACGUCCAGUGACCUUUCCGAAUUGCAACAUUUCAAAAGCACCCAUCCAAAAUUAAGACCAGAAACCAUUCUACAAUUCCUUUUGAGUACACCGUUAUUUGCAUUUAUGUCAAUUGUAUUUCAUAACAUGAAAAUCUGAGGAUUCAAAGCCUUGUUAGAAUUUCCAGCAAUUAUGGAAGAGAAAUGUUGAAGAUUUAAUUUCUUAUUUUGGCCGACAAGAAGUCAAAUUUAAAUCUAAAAAUAACAGUUUAUAAAGGGCCUCAAAGUUACUCCAGGUGGCUGAAACCUCCAAAUUUGCUGAAAGAACCUGGCAAUAGUAGCUAAGGCCUUCCAUGCUAACAGGCACUUGCUUAAUAACAAAGAGUUUGUUAGCUAUGAAUGAGCUAACAGGAUAACUAAGCAGCAAACUGUUACCAAGAGGCUUCCAGCCUCUGAAAUGGUUGUAUAAUGAAGUGUCAACCUCAUACAGCACGUUAGCUAAUGCAUAAGAUAUGGAGCUAAUGAUGGUUAGCAACCAGGAUAUGCUAGCUAGCUAAGAUGCUAGCAUAAUUUAAACAAUUUAUCUGUGAUAAAAUGAUAAUUUCCCUAUCAAAGACCAAUAUGGCAGCUAUGGGGGCGUUAUGUCACCCGGCAGUUUGAAGCUGUAUAUACACAAGCACUACAAACACUGAAGUAGUAGUACACAGUACAUUGCACAUUGAACCUACCAUGAAAUCUGACUUCAUCAUGUAUAUAAAACGUUGUAAAAUGGAUUCAUGUUGACAGAUUUGCCUUGCUACAGCGCCCCCGUGUUUCAACUCAGUGUGGCUUUGUGUUCCAUACAGUGUUAGGAGCUGACAUUCACUCCAGUUUUUGAAGUUGCCUUAGUAGACUGUGUAUGAAAUUUUGGCUUUGUGGAGAUUCUAUGUUUGAUCUAGUGCAGCCAAUGAGGCAUUUGCUUUGUGUGUAAAGUACUCACCAUGAGUGUGUGUAUUUCUUAGUCUCCUAUUUGCACAAACCAGAAGUGUCCUCUGCUCCCUUCCCUUUGUGUCUUACCUCAUAUGGUUUCAAAAUAUGAUCGUACCAAAACCUAUAAACCCUAGAACCAGUAAACUGAGAAAGUAUGUCUUACAAGUACUUUCUAGUAGCAAAUUUCUCUCAGCAGUACUCACCGCUACCGCUUAUAUUUUGCACAGCUCUAUUGCACCUAUUGCAAGGGAGCAUCUUUUGGCUGUAGGACCAUAAUAGGCAGUGUAUAAAAGUACAUACACACAGUAUAACUUAGAAAUAGAACGUCUAGGUAUCUGCAGAAGGGAAACUUCAAAUCUUCCUUAUGUAAUGUCCUUCACAGUUUCCUUGUGAUUGAGCACAGAGGUGAUGCAUACUGUAUGCCAUAGGAGAUGAAUUGAUCUGCAGAGACAAAAGUGAUGGAGGAUCGUAGCUAAGCUGCACUCUCCUCUGCCCUUACUCCCUCUCUAAACUGUCUUGAAGAAAUCUGCUGCAAGUCUCCACUUGCCUUUGAUUUAGCACUUCUAGAUUGAUUGGAUCCACAGAAUAGUACAUCAAGUAAGAGCAAAUGAAUGAUGCUUUGAGACUGUUCAGGGACGACAGAGGUAGAGAUCCUAACUAGGAAUCUAACGUGAAGUCCUCUCUACAUUAUAUCAUGCUGCUUGGGCAGAAGCCCCGGCAGCCUUUUGCAGAAGGUUUGCAACAGUUUAACACGUGGUCAACGUUUGCGAAACGAUCAGGGUUAGGUGUAGGAAAUAAAAAUACUUAACGUUGUGAAACGGACGCGUUGAGGUUCAGGCAACAAAAAUACUUCAUGUUAUGAAACGGUUAGGGUUAGGUUUAUGCACAUUAGGGUUAGAAAUGUCUGUUACGUCACUUAAGAUUCAGACGUAACAUCUAGUGACACAACAUUGUUCGUAAAAAUAUCUUAACAUUCGACAAAGGUCCCCUGAGUAAAAGUCCUGUGUUUGUUUGACCCAUCCACUCCCCCUCCCUCACACCUUUAGCAGAGUAUUCACUCGUAAUGCUACGACCGUUGGUCCGAGCGGCUAAUAAUCACGAGGAUGGGUUUACAUUGGAGUUAGUUGAAAGCCCGGUGCAUCUCAUACAGACGCUAAAGGCUGGAUGGUGUCAAGACUACAAAGCCUACUGACCAAGUGGCGGUAUUUGACGCCUUGGGAAUUAAGACCAGGCAGGCAGAGUAACCAGAGUUGGUUUGACCCUCAAAAGCAGAGUGUGUUUAAAUUAGCCCGUAAGCUAAGCUUUGAACCCCUGAAGCACUCCAGAGCCGUGUUUGUGCAGGUCAGGGGAGGUUAUGUUCGUGUACAAGUGAA